AGUUGGCUCGGCUACCAAUUUUGUCUAAAAAAAGGUGCCCGACUCUCUUGGCCACCGGCGUUCGGCCGGCCCAGGCAGAGGGAUAGCCAGAGCUGUCCGGGACACCGUGGCUGAAAGGCUUUCAGUGAUUUCAUGUCCACAUUGGUGUGUGCCAUCUCGGGUGUGGCUCCGGAAGAACCCGUCUUUGCGCCCAAAACUGGGCAGAUCUAUGAAAAACGCCUCAUAGAGAAACAGAUCCAGGAAACUGGUCAAUGUCCGGUGACGAAGGAGGAGCUACAUGAGGAUGACCUCUGUGACAUGAAGGUCAACAAAGUGGUGAAACCCCGUCCAGCAUCCGCAACGUCCAUUCCUGGCAUGCUGACACUGUUGCAGAGCGAGUGGGAUGCUCUGAUGUCAGAGACCUAUGAGCUGAAGACGAAUCUUGACACUACGCGCAAGCAGCUGUCACACGCGCUCUAUCAGCACGAUGCAGCCUGUCGAGUCAUUGCUCGACUCCUGCGAGAAAGGGAUGCCGCUCGAGCGCAGGUGACGACGCUGCAGGAUCAGCUUAGCAACUCCGUGCCGACCAAUGGAAGUGUGGAGAUUCACGAGGGCGAAACCGGCCUUUCUGCCCAGAUUAUCCAGCGGAUGGAGGAACUAGCACAGAGCUUGGCUAAGACUCGCAAGCAGCGGAAAUUUCCAGAUCUAAGCCCAAUAGAGGAGGUGAAGAGGUUCAAAUGUGCCCAGUCGCAGAACACCUUCCAUCAUAAAACCGCAGCUGGUGUGCUUUGUGUAGAUGUCCACAAGGCAGACCCAAAUCGAAUCGUUUCUGGAGGUGUAGACUGUCAGGUGGUCCUGUACAACGCUCAGAAGCAAAAGAAGAUGCAGACGAUGGUCGGACACUCCAAAAAGGUCACUGCAGUGAAGCUCCAUGGUGACAAAGACGUGGUGGUCUCUGCAUCACAAGAUGCCACUGCAAAGGUUUGGACGUGUGGCAGUGCAGACUGGACUAGCCCGUACACUUGCUUGCACACGAUCCACAAGCAUCGCGCAGAAGUGACUGAUCUCUCCAUUCAUCCAUUGGGAGAUUACCUACUGACCGCAUCACUGGACAAGUCAUGGGCGAUCCAUGACUUCGCUACAGGGCGCUGUGUGAGACACAUGAAGGAUCUGGACUCUGCCUUCCCUUGCAUGAGCUUCCACCCGGAUGGUCUAAUUGUUGCAGGUGGAACUGAGGACAAGAGCGUCAUUAUUUGGGACGUGAAGAACGAGCAGGCCACAGUAGCCACUCUCCAGGGCCAUGAAAGUGCCGUCCAGACCCUGUCGUUCUCCGGAAAUGGCUACUACUUGGCAUCUGGAUCACGUGAUGGAGUUGUCAAGCUUUGGGACUUGCGCAAGCCAGUGAACCUGCAAACACUCCAGGUUGAAGGUGGAGUCAGCUCUGUCUGCUUCGAUGCUACAGGGCAAUACUUGGCCGUGGCAAGCAACAUUGUACAGGUCUUCAACUUUGAGACAAAGACAAGUCUCACCGAGACAGUCUCAUUCAAGGACCACACAGAUGCAGUGACGGGCCUCUCCUGGGGUCCAAACGCUAAGACUCUUGCGUCGGUCUCCAUGGAUCAUUCCUUGAAAGUCUACUCGGCCUGAUCUGCCUGUGACUGCAUUGGGCUUUGAUAGGCUCAGUACACGCCGGCGCAGGGAUAGCAUGUCCCUGUGCUAAUUGGUCGCUGCGGCGAAAUCCGAGAGAGUCUGAGUGCAUCUCGUGCUGUCGAAGCAGUGCGUAUGCGGACGACAAGUUUCGCUAUGCUAGGGGAAACA